AUGUUUAAAAGAAUUCUAGAUGAUUUUGAUUAUGGCAAUUGUCUGAUUUCUGAACCGAAGGAUCCUCAUGUUGUUUUACACUAUGGAGAAUCUGUAAGUCAAAUUGUAGCUUUAUUUAUUUUAAAGGGGAUUGUACUUGAUGAAAAAGCUAAAAAUAAAUUCAGUGAGAUAGGAUAUACUGAUGAUCAACUAAAAGACCCAAAAAUCGUACAAUCGCUCAUUUCUUCUAUUUCUAAUUGUUCUAAAUCAAAGAAAAAAGAAAGCCAGAAUUUAGUUAAUGUUGACGAUAUAGUAAUCGGAGAACCGCCUGAAAUGUCUAUUCCUGUCGAUUUUGAAUCGAUUAAUGACAUGUCAUCAAAUACGCCAUUAAAUAAGAGUUCAUUGUCAGAUUCACAAUUUAAUAUUCAUUCGAACAUGCAACCAAAUUUUAUGCCUCCUCCGUUUGUUCCCGAUAAAUUUUUUAGAUCUGAACAAUUGGAUAUAUCAAAUAAUUUAUCACAAAAACCCUUGCCAUCGUCAUCUCAAAUAAUCACAAAUCCAUUUAUUGCUCGUUCAAAAGUCGAAAACAUUGAAAUUCCAAAACAAGUUUUUUCACAUGCUCCCAAUACUUCUCUAAACCCGCCACUGCCAAACAUUUUUACAGACCAAUUCCCGAAAUCAACUUUUUCACGACCCUCUAUAGAUAAUCUUCCAAAAAAAUCAUUUUCACGACCUCCUCCAGAUACACUUCCAAAAUCUACAUUUUCAGUUCCUCCUUCGAAUGAACAGCCUAAACCACAAAGAAAUAUACCAUCUUCAAAGUUGGAUUUGUCCUCUGAUGUAAAAUCGCCAACUUCAUCAAUUCCCCGAUUAAGUGGUUGUUUUGAUGUUCCAAAUUUUCUACCCCCAUCAAAUUUUUCGCCAUUAAAUCAAAAAAUAAACAAUGAUUCUUCAUCAAAUUUCAUUUCCUCUGAUAUUGAAUCAAGGGGAGGAAAUGUUAAUAAAAAUAUGCCUUCUAAAAUGAGCUCAUAUAAGCAAACUCAUGGUUCAAAUUUAUCACCAGAGUCAAUUAUGUGGCCUACAAAAGCAACACCCUCUGAUCAAAAAGAAAUGAAGUUACUAAAGCCGACCAAAAAAGAAAAAUAG